AUGGCUUCUCAUGUCUUCAUGUUUCAUCGGACUGUCAGUUCGAUGCUGUUUCUUGUAAUCACGGCGUUGGUAAUCACAACCUCCUCCGGUAGGAGAGAGAUUUCAGAACUACAAGAAGUUGAGAUUCAAAGACACUUGAAACGAAUCAAUAAGCCUGCUGUCAAAUCCAUCAAGAGUUUAGAUGGAGAUAUAUUUGAUUGUGUUAACAUCACCAACCAACUCGCGUUUGAUCAUCCUUUACUAAAGAACCACACUAUUCAGAUGAGACCGAGUUUUAUCCCAAAAGAUCUUUUUAGAAACGAUAAAAAACAAUCGGGGCUCAUAAGUACUCAGUUAUGGCAAAGGAGUGGAAAAUGCCCAGAAAACACCGUACCAAUAAGAAGAACAACAAGGAAAGAUCUCUUACGGUGGGGUUCCAUCGGAAGUUACGGGAAAAAAGAUCCAAAUGCCAUCCGUAACUAUGGAUCUCACCCAGCUGCAAAUUUUGAUCCCACUAUACAUGAGUAUGCCAUAAUUCGAGGGAGAGGAGGAAUAUAUAACGGAAUAGAAGCUGCAAUCAACGUGUGGAAACCACAUGUUCAAGAAUGGAAUGAGUUUAGUUUGGCCCAGAUGUGGAUUGUGGGCGGUAUUGAUGCUCCGGAUCUUAAUUCCCUCGAAGCUGGUUGGCAGGCUGAUCGUUACAAAACAGGCUGCUACAACCACCUGUGUUCCGGCUUUGUCCAAACCAACCAAGGGAUCGGUAUUGGUGCUACCUUUGACCGAGUUUCAACCUACGAUGGCGAACAAUUUAAGGUCACACUACUUAUAAUGAAGGAUCCCCAGAGUGGAGAUUGGUGGCUCAUUGUGAAUGAUGUGAGUGUCGGGUAUUGGCCGAAAUCAAUCUUGUCGCAUCUAAAGGGCUCUGCAUCGGCCGUCGAUUGGGGAGGCGAGAUCUUGAAUUUUAAAGUAGGCGGCCGACACACGAACACCGACAUGGGAAGCGGCCACUUCGCGGAGGAAGGGUUCAAGAAGUCGUGCAGCAUGGACCACAUUUUCAUAGUCGACGAGCAUCACGUCAAGAGGGAUGCCGAGAACGUUAAAGUCGACAUGGAUAAUGCGAAAUGUUACAAUUUAGCUCAUGGGAGUAACGAUCCUAACUGGAGAACUUACAUCUACUUUGGCGGACCAGGUCAAAACCCUGGCUGUCCGUGA